UCUUUCAUUCAUUGCUUUAAACUCUCUCUCUCUCACUCUCUCUCUCUCUAUCUCUCUGUCUCUUCUCUCUUCUCUCCUCUCCCUUUGUAUUCUUACGCGUCUUCAUUUCCAUUCACAACACACUCUUUCUCUCUCUAAACAUUGCCAUAGAUUUGGACCAGAACAAGACGGUGGUUGUUGCCUUCUUAAGGAACAAUCCAACUACAAUUCAACUCCCAAAUUAUUAUUAUUUUUUUCUUUCAAUUUUCAAUUACAUAAGGGGAAAAUUUGGAUCCGUCUGUGGGUUUUUGUUUGAUGAAGGUUUUUGUGUUGUUUAGCAAUGCAAAAUUGGAUCUUUAUGUGAUUUAAGUUACUGGGGUUUUUCGAUUUCGACAAGGGUUGGUGAGUACUGUUACUAGUUCGGGAGUUUUAGUUGUGUGUUGUGAGUGUCAGUGAUGCAUACCGGUGGUAGACUCAUUGCUGGUUCUCACAACAGGAACGAGUUUGUUCUUAUCAAUGCCGAAGAAAAUGGAAGGAUUAAGUCAGUUUGCGAACUGAGUGGGCAGAUAUGUCAGAUUUGUGGAGAUGAGAUUGAGGUUACUGUGGAUGGGGAGCCCUUUGUUGCUUGCAAUGAGUGUGCUUUCCCUGUUUGCCGGCCUUGCUAUGAGUACGAGAGAAAAGAAGGGAAUAAGGCCUGCCCUCAGUGUAAGACCAGAUUCAAACGCCUCAAAGGUAGUCCAAGGGUCGAAGGGGAUGAAGAAGAGGAUGGUAUUGACGACAUAGACAAUGAGUUUGAUUAUGAACUUGAUGAAUUCGGCCAGCAAGUUAAUUCAGAUUCAUUGUUCUCCGGGCGUCUUAACACCGGGCGUGGUUCUCAUAAUAAUAUAUCUGGGGCAAACUCAGAACAUGGAUCUCCUCCUCUCAAUCCUGAAAUCCCUCUCCUGACUUAUGGGGAAGAGGAUCCUGAGAUAUCUUCUGAUAGACAUGCUCUAAUUGUUCCACCAUAUAUGAAUCAUGGAAACAAAGUCCAUCCCAUGCCUUAUACGGAUCCAUCUAUUCCCCUGCAACCAAGACCAAUGGUUCCCAAGAAAGAUAUUGCUGUAUAUGGAUAUGGAAGUGUGGCUUGGAAAGAUCGAAUGGAGGAAUGGAAGAAGAGGCAGAGUGACAAACUCCAAGUGGUGAAGCAUGAAGGAGAUGGCAAAGAUGGAAGUUUUGGUGAUGACCUCGACGACGACCCUGAUAUGCCCAUGAUGGACGAAGGCAGGCAGCCACUUUCUCGGAAACUACCAAUCCCUUCUAGCAAGAUAAAUCCAUACAGGAUUAUUAUUAUACUCCGUCUUGUAAUCCUCGGGCUUUUUUUCCAUUAUAGAAUUCUCCACCCAGUUAAUGAUGCAUAUGGCUUGUGGCUGACUUCAGUCAUCUGUGAAAUAUGGUUUGCUGUAUCUUGGAUAAUGGAUCAGUUUCCAAAAUGGUACCCGAUAACGCGAGAAACAUAUCUUGACCGUCUAUCACUGAGGUAUGAAAAAGAAGGGAAACCAUCUGAAUUGUCCAGUGUAGAUGUCUUUGUCAGUACUGUGGAUCCCAUGAAAGAACCUCCACUGAUUACUGCAAACACUGUUCUAUCUAUCCUUGCUGUUGAUUAUCCGGUUGAUAAAGUUGCAUGCUAUGUCUCAGACGAUGGUGCUGCUAUGCUCACUUUUGAAGCACUUUCUGAGACAUCUGAAUUUGCUAGGAAAUGGGUUCCGUUUUGCAAGAAGUAUAAUAUUGAGCCCCGUGCCCCCGAAUGGUAUUUUGGUCAGAAGAUGGACUAUCUAAAAAAUAAAGUGCAUCCAGCAUUUGUUAGGGAAAGGAGAGCAAUGAAGAGAGAUUAUGAAGAAUUUAAAGUGAGGAUUAACAGUCUUGUGGCAACGGCACAGAAGGUUCCUGAGGAUGGAUGGACCAUGCAAGAUGGGACUCCUUGGCCUGGAAAUGAUGUGAGGGAUCACCCUGGCAUGAUUCAGGUGUUCCUUGGUCAUGAUGGUGUCCGCGAUGUUGAGGGAAACGAGUUACCUCGCUUAGUUUAUGUUUCUCGUGAAAAAAGGCCUGGGUUUGAUCACCACAAAAAGGCUGGUGCAAUGAAUUCUCUGGUACGGGCGGCGGCAAUCAUCACAAAUGCACCUUAUAUUCUGAAUGUUGAUUGUGAUCACUACAUUAACAAUAGCAAGGCACUUAGAGAAGCCAUGUGCUUUAUGAUGGACCCUCAACUUGGGAAGAAGAUCUGUUAUGUACAAUUUCCUCAAAGAUUUGAUGGAAUUGAUCGACAUGAUAGAUACUCAAACAGAAAUGUUGUAUUUUUCGAUAUCAAUAUGAAAGGAUUGGAUGGAUUACAAGGUCCGAUUUACGUCGGAACUGGAUGUGUUUUCAGAAGGUAUGCACUCUAUGGAUACGACGCACCUGCCAAGAAGAAGGCGCCAAGUAAAACCUGCAACUGUUUGCCAAAGUGGUGCUGCUGGUGCUGUGGCUCUAGAAAGAAGAAGAAUCUCAACAAUAAGAAAGAUAAAAAGAAGAAGGUAAAGCAUAGCGAAGCAUCAAAGCAGAUACACGCACUUGAAAAUAUAGAGGCAGGGAAUGAAGGAGCCAUCAUUGAGAAACCAUCCAAUUUGACUCAAUUGAAAUUGGAGAAGAGGUUUGGACAAUCUCCAGUGUUUGUAGCCUCUACACUUUUGGAUAAUGGUGGAGUUCCACAUGGAGUGAGUCCCGCAUCACUUUUAAAAGAAGCCAUUCAAGUUAUCAGUUGUGGUUAUGAAGACAAAACCGACUGGGGAAAAGAGGUUGGAUGGAUCUAUGGUUCUGUGACAGAGGAUAUCUUGACUGGUUUCAAAAUGCAUUGCCACGGUUGGCGGUCUGUGUAUUGCAUCCCUAAGCGUCCUGCAUUCAAGGGGUCAGCACCUAUCAAUCUUUCAGAUCGUCUACAUCAAGUUCUUCGUUGGGCUCUUGGUUCUGUUGAGAUCUUUUUCAGCAAACAUUGUCCAAUUUGGUAUGGCUAUGGUGGUGGCUUGAAGUUGUUGGAACGAUUUUCCUACAUAAAUUCAGUUGUAUAUCCCUGGACUUCCCUCCCAUUGAUCGUCUAUUGUACUUUACCAGCCAUAUGUCUUCUCACCGGAAAAUUUAUUGUGCCUGAGAUAAGCAAUUAUGCAAGUAUUGUGUUUAUGGCCCUCUUCAUAUCCAUUGCAGCAACUGGUAUCCUCGAGAUGCAAUGGGGUGGUGUUGGAAUCGAUGAUUGGUGGAGGAAUGAACAGUUUUGGGUGAUUGGAGGUGCUUCAUCACAUCUUUUCGCCCUUUUCCAAGGUUUACUCAAGGUUUUAGCUGGUGUCGACACAAACUUCACAGUUACAUCCAAAGCAGCUGACGACGGAGCAUUCUCAGAGCUCUACAUCUUCAAAUGGACCUCGCUGUUAAUCCCUCCGAUGACAUUAUUGAUCAUGAAUAUUGUUGGUGUGAUUGUCGGUGUCUCGGAUGCUAUCAAUAAUGGUUAUGACUCAUGGGGACCCCUCUUUGGUAGAUUAUUCUUUGCCCUUUGGGUCAUCAUACAUCUUUAUCCAUUCCUCAAGGGUUUGCUUGGGAAACAAGAUAGAAUGCCAACCAUUGUGUUGGUUUGGUCCAUCUUGUUAGCAUCCAUCUUGACCCUCUUGUGGGUUAGAGUUAACCCUUUUGUUUCAAGAGACGGUCCUGUCUUAGAAAUUUGUGGAUUGAAUUGUGAUGAUACAUGAAGAAUAAAUGGAAGUGUUUUUAAAGAAGCAAUCAAUGCAUUUGAAUACUAAGACACGCUUCACAUCACAAAAAAAGGGAAAAAAGUCGUUGCACAAAUUUUUGGAUGGAAGUUGUAUUUUUUCGGUGGUGUGUGUAGAUAUAGAGGAAGGAAAGAAAAUGGAAGGGAAAGAGGGGGAGUUUGACACAUUGUUGCCUGCAAUAGAGGUUUUCUUUUCAUUUAUUCUUUGAUUAUAUUUUCUGUGGUUUUUAAGUGUUGUUGUUAUUCUCUCUUUUUUCUAGUUGUUUUCAUGUAUUCUUAUAUAAGAAAGAGGCAUUGAAUUAUAUAUGAUAAGUUAUUCCCUCUUCAAAACAGAGGGAUAAGCAGUCUCAAGAAUUAGAGUUAUGUCAUAUUUUAAGGUAUGGUUUUUUGUUGAAACCUUUGUGACAUGAGAGAUUUCUUCCUCAUUUGUAAUACCAUCAACUAUGGAUUCUUGUUCCUCUCA